AUGCCACACCAGCCACCCUACGAUACUAUUUAUCCCAAUGAGCCGUAUUACAACAUCUCGUAUACGACUACAGCUAAGAGGAAAGCUACGAGGGCGUCUCAGGCUUGCGAUAGUUGUCGCGCUCUCAAGGCAAAGUGUGAUGAGACGAAGCCUUGCAAGAACUGUAGGGAGAAGAAUGUUGAGUGCAAGUAUAGGGAACCUGCACCAAAAGCGACCGACAAGGCGCAAGCGGACAUCCUAGAGGGCGUCGCAGCUAUCCAGAAGACUUUGGAGCAGUUGGUUUCGCAACAUGAGAAUAUGGAUAAGAGGGUAAGCAAGAUUGAGAAGGCCAUUGCUCAAGCCUUCCCACAGAUCGACUUCAAGACGGAAAACGAUGCCGAAGAAAGUGAAAAGGGCGAAAGCGAGAUGGUGGAUGUCAACGACGAUGUGAAGCCUUUUGCACCUAGUGACGAGUACUCGGAUGAUGCUGAGCUGAAACCCAACUUCGGUUACAGCUCAACUCAUCCGGGGUAUAACAUGCCUGAUGAGGAGAUGGAACCUGAGCCGGGCCCUGUUUUACCACCCGGCGAACUUGCGAUUCCCACGAACCAUACGACUGGAGCCGGGCAUUUACUAAACUGGCCCUGCAUUAACGCGAUGGUGCAGAGAGUGUUGAAUCGAGAAAGCUUGCGAUUUCCGGCGGAAUUUCCCAUUCGAGAGGAGGAACAACGAGGAAUUUUGAGAGUGUAUGGUCGAGGAGAGGGUCGGGAUCCGAUACCCCGUGAUAGGGAUGUGCGUGCUGAGCAUGGAACCACGGACAUCCCCGAAGAUGUUGCUUACUCUGACAUGAGCUCGCCGACACCCGGCGACGCCUCGGGUCAUAUUGGAGGAUUCAGUCCUGUGAACAUCUCCGAGUAUACCGGCUCUAAUUCAAGACCGCCUGUUCUCACGCCUAGCGGAGUUCCCGACUUCAGCGAGGGAAAGGUAUGGAAGUAUGUUAAGAGCUUUGAGGAAAACAUUCUCAAUAUGCAUCCCAUCAUUCAACCAAAGGACCUCCAUGCCAUGGUUCAGAUCUUCUUGAACAGCAUCCCCAAGCCCCCAGCGAAACCGGUUGCCCCUGCGCAGGUUGCCAAAUUCGUUCAGGCAUCCCCGCAGCCGGCGGCGGCAGAAGCCAUUGGUAGCAAGCGAAAGCGAUCGCCGGCGAUGGACGCUCCUGAUCCGCCGCAAAUUCAAUACAGGACGGGACGUCCUCCGCGAACUAUUAACAAUGCAGUGGUGUUGACUAUCCUAGCACUCGGCAAGAUCUGUCUUCAGCGAGACCGUGUUCCCGAUGUCGUACACGACUACUCGCCGCCGAAUGCCAGUUACAACAGGAGGAAUGGCUAUCCAAGCUCACCUGGACAUGCCUCCUCCCCAGAGGCCUACACCCCAGCGGCGAAUUAUCCAGCUAGCAUGGCACCGUCCCCCAAGGAGAGCGAACGACCUGGUCUUGGUCGUAGGUCAUCUUUCCAGGGAUCCAAAAGUGGCAGCCACCGUCCUCGCCGCAACUACGACGUGAUACCCGGCUUAGAAUACUUCGCCAUUGCAACGGACAUAAUUGGCAAUCAACUUGGCGGAAAUACCAUGAAUCAUGUCUAUGCCGGCAUUUUCGCAGGGCUCUUCCACGGCCAGCUUGGUCGAGUGAUCGAAAGCCACGCCUACAUCGCUCAUGCCUGCAACGUGUUGAUGAACAUCAUGCGGCCUGACAUUGUCGCCGAAAUCCCUCGACACCAGUCUGGGAUCCUCGCUCAAGAAGACCAUCUGCCUUAUCCCAAUCCUUACUUCUGGCAACAACAGGACCCCUCGGCCGAAGUUCUCCAGGACAGCGUAUUAACGAGCUACAUGGCGCAAUUGUAUCUCCGAAAGCAUCUCAACCAAAUCCAUCGAAUGCUAUACGGUUCCGAAACCGCCGCUUCAUCAAUCAACUUGGCGCAGGUGAACGAUGCGCAGGCUCGCGUGGCCGAUAUGACGUGGGUUGGACCAAUGUAUCGAUUCAGCGAAGACGACCCGCCAGCGAGCGACAUACUAUCGGCUCGCCUUCGGGCCAAGUACUGGGGUUCACAGGUCAUCACGUACAGACCCUGUGUCAAGGAAAUUCUCGAUCUCUCUUAUUCGCUGCGGGUAGAGACGGAUCCCGCGCUGCUUAAUGCCUCCUAUGCGGAACUACCGGAGCAUAUUAUACAAAGGGUUAAAUCGCUUCCCCAGGAGGUUUGGGCUCACGCGAGGAAGGCUAUUCGAUCACUCAUCGAGAGUACCCAGGCCUUUCAUGGGCUGGGCGAUAAGCGGCCCAUUAUUACAAACGUGUUUGGCACGGCUCAUGCCCAAUGGGGUAAUCUGGUAGUACUAGCGGCAUGCUACUGUGACCCAUUCCUCCGACAGGAGAUCGACGAGAAGCAGCUCAGGGAUCUCUACAUCAAGACGAUCGCCUUCUUCAACAAGGUUGCGUGCCCGACUAGCGCCCUCACCUUCGAUAAGAAACUGUUGGAGGCACUGUACCGUGACCUCUUCGACCAGCCCGGGGCUAAUGCAAACCUGAGCUUCUCGAGCGGAUCUAGCGGCCGAACUCCUAUUCAGCGCCACGCCGGUGUUAAUGUUAUGGCACCUGUCCAAGACCAGGAGGCCAUGAUGGUGCCGGUGCAAACACCAGAGAGUAUACCGAAUAUUCCGAACAUGCCAAAUCUAGUUCCGAUGACGCAAGGAGAAAUGAUGCCGAUACCAGAGCCGCGCAUGACGCCAAUGCAGGCACAGUCGUUGCUCCCGGCGCACAUGGUAACGACGCCCAUAGACGCUGGCAUGAUGGCGCCGCCUCCGCACCCUACGAUGGCGCCGCCGCCACAUCCGACGAUGAUGUGA